UGCGAAUUUCGAAAAAUAAAUAACGCUAAAAUCGAAACUAAAAUAGGUCAACAACAGAGCAAUCAAAAUAAAAACGCGCGGGCGGUCGCUAAUAAUAAUCAUAUUUCGCAAAUGUUGCCUGACGCCAUCAUAAAGCAUAAGGCUGAGUCAGCCAUGUUGUCAACAGCAAAUGUGAAUGGUUUCCCGCUGCCGGAAGUGCCAAUUGAUGAGCAACGAUUUCCGCUGCAGCAACUACAGAGGGCGCUGCUGUGCCACAGGCCGCAAGCCCAAGCGCAGCGCCAGCCGCAGCAACAGGCGAGAUUUGCAAAGGCUGCGCCUGGAAAAUUUCCUCUGCUGCAAAUGGAAUGCGCACAUAACACACCACAAUUCCCAGUGCAGCAGCCCAGGAAUAAUACCCAACCCAUUGGUAGCGUAGCGAUCGCAGCAAUACCUAAUCGAUUUCCCGAGCAAAUGAUUCACUUGCCACGGCCGCACAGAUUUCCUCUGCUAUGCCAAUUAACCAAGAGGAAUUUCAAUUAUGCAGCUCAAUCAAUAAGCACGUUGUGGGAGAGCAGACCAACCGUGGCUGCGUCAAGGUCGACGAUGCCUAACGAAUUUCCCACAAUUAAAAAACAAUUUGUUAGCUUUCCCAAUAAUCAGCGUAGCUGUAAGGAGCUGCCCAAUGCUGGGCAUGGAAAUGAAAACGAGGCAACAGCAACAACAGCAACAGCAACAACAACAGCGCUGCGAACGGAUGUGGUGCCCACACCAACAACACAAGCGACAACAGCAACAACAACAACAACAAUGACGCAGACGAGCCACAAUAUGAGCACUAAAAUAGACAUGCCUUUGCCUGUUGAUGCUGUCAAUGUUAAUGAUAAUGAUGAUAUUCAUCACGAUGAUAAUGAUGAUGUAGAGAAGGCGGUAUUUGAUAAUGAACUCAACGCUGGCGAGCAAACAUUCAACUUGAACGUGGAAGCCGAAGGCGUUGGCGACCAAAAGGAAAUUGAGCAGCAACAGGCGAAAAAUUUUCAUGACGCCUUCGGGUGGCGACAUGACAACAACAACAAUAACAAUAACAACAAUAAGAACGACAAUGGCGACGCCAUGAAUAUUGCCAAAAAUAAACGCAAAGUAUGCGAGCAAAGCAACAAAUUAGAGGCGACGGCAACAGCUCAUAAUGAGCUAAAUAUGACUAAAGAGCGGCAGUCAAUAUGCUUAGCCACUGAGCAGCAGAAUCAAACAAUGGCGAUGCCAAACGCCUCCAAUCGACAGCAGCGACCGCUGCGCCACUCAGACGCGCGCGAAUCGUCGUCAGAGCAAGUGGAUGGUCAGCAGCAGCAGCAGCAGCAGCAGAAGCAGCAGCAACAGACGCCACACGACGUAAUCAUCCCAGCCGUAAACGAGUCAGCGUCUAUAGAGUCCUUCAAGUGUGCGGUACGCGCUCUGCUAGACGAGGGCGACAAUCGUCUGUCGCGUUUGGAUCUCGAUUUGGUAGAUCUAUUGGCGCAGCUGAUUGAGCAGUUGAUUGGCACGCCCACGAGGAGCACGGGUAACCUUUGGAGCAGCGAGCAACAGCCGUCGGUUGAGCAGGUGGUCGGUGAAUGCGGUGCGGACAUGACUCUGACCAAAGUGUCUGACGACAGUGAAACAACAGCCGCAGCUGCUGACAUUUUUAGCGAGCAAAUCGAACAGCAGCCAGCGGAGCUGGAUGAAAGCAACAGCAGCAACAACGGAAACUUCGGCAAUCAAGGAGGCGACAUGAAGUAUGAGCUACUGAAGAGCACAGCUCGCUUGCCAGAAACUCUAUCGAGUCGUCUGUCCAGCACAGCAGCAGCAACAGCAGCAGCAAUUGCAACAGCAACGCCAGCAACAGCAGCAACAGUUGCUCCCGUCGUCGGGCUAACGAGUCGUAUACGUGAUAUGGCUGGAAGUGUGCCAACGGCAGCCACAUCGCGUCCGCUGCUGGGCGAUAUAAAGCGCAGCUCCACAUCACGUGACGACAUCUCAAUUGAUGUGGAUUCGCUGCUGCCGGAACGCACGCGUUUGCGACGCCAGCGACGCAUGCGCUCGCAGGAGUCGGUCGAGGAGAAGCCGGAGGAUGUGAUCGAGCGUCUGAACAAGUUGAAGGCGCGCAUAUCGGGCGCUCUCAACGAGGUCAAGGGCGUGCUCAAGCAGUACAGCACGGAGAGCGAAGCCGAGGCGGCCGGCGAGAAGUGGCUCGGACCGCCAGCGCCAGCGGCAACGCCAACGGCGGGAGCGGCAACGCCAACGGCGGGAGCGGAGGCGACGGCGGCGGAGCCAGUGCAAUUUCGUUUUAUAAAGAAAGUUCGCAGGCGCAGCUACUUCAACGAAGCAGACGAGGACAAGGAGCGUGAGCUGAUGCAAGCAAAGGAUGCAGCUUCAAGCAAAGCGAUUGAGCAGCAGGCACAGGUCAAAGAAGAAAUUGCAGCUGUGGCAGCUACAACAAGAGAGGAGGAGCUUAGAAAGCCAACAGAAGUGACUCCAGAGAGCAAGGUUAAUGAGAAGCAGCAGCAGGAGCAGCAUAUAACAGCUGCCAGUGGAGAUCUUAAACCAAAAGCAACAGAAAAUGCAAAAAUACAAGCCAAAUUGGAGUUCCUGGCAAAGGUCCAAAGCGAACUCAAGUCAAAGCCCAAGCACAAAGAGCAAGUCAAAGCGGAGCCCAAGGAGGCAGACACAACAGCAACAUCAGCCAAGGAGCAGCCCCAGGAGAAGUCUAGAGAGGCAGCCACAGAAGCAGCAGACAUAAGAGAGCAAUCCAAGAAAGCAACAGCAAGCAAGGAUGCAGACACAACAGCAACAGCUGUCGAAAUGCAGCCCAAGGAAGCGGAAACGGAAACGGCAACAGCUAUCAAAGAGAUGGGGAAUGGAUCUAUUACACAAGAGCAGCCGCAGCAGCAGCCUGUGGAGGGCGUGGAGGCAACCUGCCCAACAGCAGCAGCUCUUCCAGCUGAGUCCGCAACGCAGCCGGCAAGCGUCAGAGACGAGCCCAAGAGCGCAACGGCAACUAAAAAGAAAAUCAUUGUUAAGGUGAGGAAUCCACGACGUGCAUCGAUUGCUGCCGUGGAGCCAUCCAAGAUUAAGCCGGAGCCAGUGCCGAUCGAUGCACUGAUACAAAGGCGACCCUCCGACUCGGAAGCGAUUGUCAAGCGCAAGAAGAAGCAGAGAUUAAUGAGCAGCGCAACAGCUUCCGGCAGCAAUGAGAGCUCGGCGACAGCAGCUCGGCCACAACCGCAACAGGCGACAACAACGACAACAAAUGAACAACUUGUAGCUGCAAAGGUCAACAACAGCCACGCAGACACUGCCAAAAGCGUAACGAAGCCAACUGCCAAAAGCGCCGAGACGUUGCCAGGAGGAGCAGAGGCGACAGCGGCAACAUCGCAAGCGGCGCCAAAACAAUUGCCAAUCGAUGGAUUUGAAAGCAAUCGAGCAACAGGCAUCGAGCAAAGCAGACGCGCCAGCCUGAAACUAGCCGAAUUGGUGGGUGAAACGGUGCUGGUGGUGCCCGCAGCAGCAGCAGGAGCCACAUCAGCAGCAGCAACAGCAAUAGUAGGAGCAGCAGCGACAGCUUCAAGUGCAGUCCAGAGCCAGUCCAAAGAACCCAUUAAUCAGUUAAUUAGCCUGCCCCAACAGGUGGUUGUCGGCGUUGACAUUGAGGACGCCCCCGUUGAUGUUGCAGUCGUCGACGCGACGCCACAAAUAGCAGCGACAUUGAGCGAAGUGUCGCACGAAGAGUCAUCGCCACAGCAACAACAACAACACGAACAACAAGAGCAACAACUACAACAACAAUUGAUACCUGCAGCUACAAAAGACAACGCACAGGCGCCGCCCAACAACAGUCUAGCCGCCAUGCCGGAGCUGAAAGUAGUUGCGGGUCCGGUGCAGCCCGUCAAGAUUGAGACGGUUGAGCAGCCGCAUGAUGAAACCGAUUUGGUGGUGGCCAAAAAGCGGUCGCCGCAUCUUAAGAAACUGGUGCGCAAGAGUUCGAUAGACAAGGGCAAGGAGAAGCUGAGCCAGUCGGGCGAUUCGGUCAAGCUGAACAACAUACUCAAGGAUAAGAACAAGAUCGGGGAUCUAGCGAAUCGGCUCAACAAGCAAACGCCGCCCAAGAAGCAGAGCAAGGCAAGCAAGGAGCAGGCGGCAGCAACAACCACAGAGCAGCAGGAAAAUGCUACAGAUACAGAAAUCUCGAAUGAAACGCAACUCGAGCCGGAAACGGAAGCGGACAAGGCAGCAGCGGAAACUCCGACGGCGCCAGCAGCCAAAAAGCCGCGACAGAUCAAGAAGAAGGUGAUUAUCAAGCGGCAGAAGCGACGACUCUCCAUUGGCGACACAUUCUUCAUACAGCAGGAGCCGGAGCCGGAGCCCAAGCUGGACGAGAUCGAGACAAUCGAGAAGGCCAUCGCCUAUGUGACCGAUGAUGAGGCGGACGCCGAACCAGAGCCGCUGGAAAAGGAGCCACCGAAGCCGCUGAAAUCCUGCCUGCAUGUUCGUGAAUAUAAAAUCGGCGAUCUGGUGCUCUAUGCGGAACGUUAUCGCAAGACGCAGGUGCGCUGGAAGCGUGGUCGCAUCCUGGAGCGCAUCACCAGCAUUUCGUACAAGCUCGACAUCGAGGGCAAGGAGGUGCCCGCCCACAUCAGCUACAUCAAGAAGUACACGGGACGCAAGGUGAAGUUCGUGGGCAAAGAGUAUCUGGACAUUGACUACGAGCAGGUGGUGGAGGAGGAGCGACGCGCGCGCAGCUACAGCAUCUGGAAUAUGGUCUAAGCCAUAAAAGACGCCCCAAAUUGGAGCAGCAAGAGCCAAUAAAUCUGUGUAAGUGUGUCCUCCGGAUUGUGUUCGUUCGCCCUUUUGACAGCGUAGCUUAGCCCCAAAGAGUUUUGAGUGGAAUUAGAAAAAUUUUUGGUUUGUUCACGCAACAAUGGAAUUUUUUUAAGGAUCUCAGGCAUGACAUUCAGUUAACUUUUAGUGUUUGUCUCUAGCUAGUUUUAUAUAACCUGUAAAUAUAUGUGUAUAUGUAUCUUUAGUUUAGCUCUAUAUCCUAGUGUUAGUUCUAAUAUUGUAUGUACGUAAAUUAUUCCAAGGAUUCAGAGCGACUCGUUCAACUGUUAUUGCUCGCUGCAAAGUAACGAGUGGCGAGUAGCGAGUAACGAGUCGCGAGUAGCGAGCGUGUCGCUCAACAGUAACGAAUUUGUUAUAAAAUUUCACGUUGCCUUUCGUUUAAAAGUUUAGUUUACCAUUUAAGCAAAAACCAUAAAAUAUAUUUAUAAAAAAAAAAAAACAAACAAACAAUGAAAUCAAAUGUUAAAUAAAGAGAACCAAAUAUUUCAACUA